CAGCUCUUGGGUGAGGACUCCUCCUCCUGAAUUAUCCAAACUGGGUUGGCUUCUGUCUCCAACAAAUUGGACAGAGCUCCAGCAAGCAGCAGUCCCACAUCCAAGCAAGAGCAACAGGAACUUUCUAGCAAACGGAGAUCUCUGCUUUAACCUGCCCCCAUCCCUCUCAUUUCCCUAUAUUGUUUGGCUUUUCUUUGUCUUUUAACCUCUCCCCCCCCCAUCCUCUCCCCUUUUUUUUGCGUGAACCAUUUUUUCGUUAUUGUUGUCUCUGUUUGCUCAAGCCUCAACUUCGUGUCUGCGUUCUCUUUCUUUCUCUCCCCCCUCCCCGUUUCCCCUUCUUCCCCUCCCCUUUGCAUCCGUCCCGUUCCUUGCCUGCCUUUCUUCAGGAAGGAGCCCAGUCUUUUGCACCGGCCAGGCGGGGGAAAGACCCCCAAGAUCAUUCCCGCCAGUCGCCGCUCGGCAGCCUCCCACCAGUUUUCAGCUGCUACCUGCCUUCUCUCCGGAGCCACGAAGCUUCUCCUGCGGGCUCGUCCCAUCGCCCGGCGAUUCGGAUGCUCUAAACCAAGACUCUGGGGCCUGUAUAUGGAAAUAGUGGGGUGCCGAGCCGAAGGAAACGCGUGUCCCUUCCGUUCCCCAGCCAUGCUUUUCCACGGCAUCUCCGGAGGCCACAUCCAGGGGAUCAUGGAGGAGAUGGAGAGGCGGACCAAGACCGAAUCCCGCCUGGCUAAAGCGGGACAGAUGAAUGGCCGGGAAGCGAACAUGCCUCCGCUGAGCCCCGAGAAGCCUGCCCUGUGCGCAGGAUGCGGGGGCAAAAUCUCCGAUCGCUACUACUUGUUGGCUGUGGACAAGCAAUGGCACCUCCGCUGCCUGAAGUGCUGUGAAUGUAAACUGGCUUUGGAGUCAGAACUCACCUGCUUUGCCAAGGACGGCAGCAUUUACUGCAAGGAGGAUUAUUACAGGUUCUCCGUGCAGCGCUGUGCCCGCUGCCACCUGGGCAUCUCUGCUUCGGAGAUGGUGAUGCGGGCCCGGGACUCGGUCUAUCACCUCAGCUGCUUCACCUGCACCACGUGCAACAAGACGUUGACAACAGGCGACCAUUUUGGCAUGAAGGACAACGUGGUCUAUUGCCGGGCACAUUUUGAGAGCCUGCUCCAGGGCACCGACCCAGCCUCCUACCCACCGGCAUCACUCAGCUACACCGAGCUGGCAGCCAAGGGUGGCGGCCUGGCCCUGCCUUACUUCAAUGGCACCGGUACAGUCCAGAAAGGGCGGCCUAGGAAAAGGAAGAGCCCAGCUCUGGGUGUUGAUCUGGUCAGCUACAGUUCAGGUUGUAAUGAAAAUGAGGCAGACCAUCUGGACAGAGACCAGCAGCCUUAUCCCCCAUCUCAGAAGACUAAGCGCAUGCGCACUUCUUUUAAACAUCACCAGCUCCGUACCAUGAAGUCCUACUUUGCCAUUAAUCACAAUCCAGAUGCUAAGGACCUCAAGCAGUUAGCCCAGAAGACUGGGCUAACUAAGAGAGUUCUGCAGGUUUGGUUCCAAAACGCAAGAGCCAAAUUCAGAAGGAAUCUUUUGCGACAGGAGAAUGGGGGUGUUGAUAAAGCUGAUGGCACGUCACUUCCGGCACCGCCCUCAGCAGACAGCGGCGCUCUCACUCCACCCGGCACUGCGACCACUUUAACAGACCUGACCAAUCCCACUAUCACUGUAGUAUCAUCAGUGACCUCUAACAUGGACAGCCACGAUUCCGCGAGCCCCUCACAAACUACCUUAACAAACAUUUUCUAACAUUUGAUUUCAAAAUUCUUCUUAUUCGUUACUUCUGCUUCCUCCUCUUCUUUCUCCAUUAUAUGAUUAUAAUUACUAUUAACAUUAUUUGCAACAUUUUUAAAAAAAAUAAAACAACACCACAAUAUAUUUGGGAAAAACAACUUGGUGUGUAGCACCCACAACCACUUGGCAAAUGAGUUUGCAGUAAUAGAAUUCUAUUAUAAUGCAACAUGAACUUGUCUAUAAAUUGUUGUUGGAUUUUCUUUUAAUCAUUGCCUAAUUAAAGGGAAGGUUUAAGUGCCUCUUAAAAUUGUAUGUUCCUUAUUUCCAGAAUUUACUGGGGGCAAAAUGGUUGAUAUAUUAAUCAGAAAACUGUAUUUCCAAAUAAAUAGAUCAGUGUUUGUUUUCUUCAAAUGAUUGGCAUCUGAAUCAUAAAAAAACAUAUAGUUGUAAGAAAAUCCCGCUGAGCAAGGCUGAUCAAGCUCUUUUGGUAUCUGAUGCGGAAAAUCUAAAAAUAUUUAACAUCAUAAAAUCUGCCACCUGAGGUAACCGAGUUCCUUUUCCAUAUCACAUUACUCUACCCUUGAGUUCAGUGGACUAUAUUUCUAAAUCAAGCUAGACUUAUAACUUUAAAAGAAGGUUUUGGCCAAUUGCCAAAUUUGGAACAGUAAGGAUGUUUGUUCUAAGUCAGGUGAUCUCUGUGACUUGCUUUCUUUAUUCUAUGGUGGUUCCCUGCAAUUUGGAAGCUAUCGUUAUGAUAUGUUUGCUAUGUACAAAACCUACUCAAUUUGCAUUCUACCGUGUCAUGAUGUGACUUAGGUUGGCAUGCCAAGCUAGUGGUAGUUGCUUUUGGCAUUAAAUUAUAUGACUGACCUGCCACUUACAAGGAACCAGCAUAGCCUGAAGAAAAAAGUUGUAAAGAACACAAAAUUCGAAUAAUAUACACAUUGGGAUAUAUAGAAGUAACCACUGAGCAGGAAGAGCCUAAAGAAUCAAACUAUCAUGCUCUGAGGUCAGUUCUUAUAAUGUUAUUUCACAUCAGUUAUAGAUGUGUGCUAAGACAGAUGUUUGCAUUCAUCCUGAGACAUGGCAUACUACAUGUCCUGUAGAGGAGUCUCGCUCAUAUACAGGUCACCUAAUUAAAUCACAUGUGGGUUGAGUAUUAACAUAAUUAUGUCAGAGAUAUUUGUGGUCUGCCUAGCCCAGCUGUCUGUGACUGUUUCCUCAGUUAAUUUUUAGAUACCAACAUGCUCUGACCAUAUUUAAUCAAUGUCAGUAUUUCAUACUGAAAGGCUGCCCAGGAAUGAUUUGCAUUUCAGAUUUUUAAUCCUCAGUUUGCAUUCAGAUACUUACAUUUUGUACUUUCUUUCAUUGUCUCCAGAAACAUGUGAAUUCUUCAUUUAUCAAUUGGCUUCUGUAUGAUGCUUUAUGCUAUAAUGUUUAGAAGCCUCUUCAGAUAUAUAAAAACUGAUAGCCUAAAUGUGAAAUUAUAUUUUCUUUCAGGGCCAUCAACAUCUUCUAAAACAAAAGGCAAUUUAUUUCUGAAAAUGUAUUAUAUACAGGUAGUCCUCAACUUAUGACCACAAUUGAGCCCCACAUUUCUGUUAAGUAAGACAUUUAUUAAGUGAGUUUUGACCCACUUUAUGACUUUUCAUGCCACAGUUGUUAUGUGAAUCACUGCAGUUGAUAAGUUAGUAACCUGGUGGUUAAGUGAAUCUGGCUUCCUCAUUGACUACUUGUCAGAGGUCGCAAAAUAUGAUCACAUGACCCUGGAACACUGCAAAAGUCAUAAAUAUGAACCUGCUGCCAAACAUCUGAAUUUUGAUCACAUGAUCAUGGAGAUGCUAUAAAGGUUGUAACUUUGAAAAAUGGUCAUAAGUCAUUUUUUUCAGUGCCAUUGUAACUUUGAACAAUCACUAAAUGAACUGUUGUAAGUCAAGGACUACCUGUAUAAGAGCUUGCAUGAGCCAGGAAUUAACAGGUUUCAUGUAUCAUGCUAAACAUUGUUUAGUGCAGGGCUGUCAAACUCAAGGCCUGCAGGCCAAAUCUGGCCUGCAGGGCCACCCUGGAAACAGUGAAGGACCGGCUCACGGUGCCUCUGCCAGCAAAAACAGGCUCCUGAGCUCUGUUUUCGGCUGUGACGGCCUCCUGCCAGUGAAAAUGGAGCUCAGGAGAGUGGUCCUCCUAAGUUCCAUUUUCACUGGCAGAGGUUGCAGGAAGUUGUUGUAGCUGAAAAUGGAGCUCAGAGCUUUUUUUCGCUGGCAGAGUGCUCGGGCCACCACAGGCGCUGACACAAGUGAUGUUGAGAUGGCCACGCCCACCACAGCCCCCCCGCCCCGAUGUCAAACACAGCCCUGAUGCGGCCCUCAAUGAAGUUGAGUUUGACACCCUUGGUUUAGUGAAUAAAUCGUAAUUUAUUGGGUUUAAGUUAGUUAAGUGACAACGUCUUCAUUUACAAACUAUCGCAGCAAACCUCACAUAUCACAUUAAGUCCAAAUUAAACAGUAUGGCUUAAUGUGGUAUAGGAACCCUAUCACUUAUUCCAUGUUUCAGCUAUAUUAUUUUUCACGAUUUGUAAUAUCUAUGUAUACAUACAUAUGACGAAUAACAUUUAGACUACAUUAACUUUUCAGCUAAUUUAGGCCAUUUAUGAAUGUCAAUCGUUAACUUUCUGUCCUACAGGCUAGUAAAUUGUGCUGGAAAAUAGAACAGCCUCAGACAGUAUGAAUGUUGGUUAUUUGUAUCUAACACAAACUUUUUUAUAAAGCACAUUGAUGCUAGAAACAUUUGCUUGGGGCUAAUCCCUAUUCAACUGAACAAACAAAUAUAGUUUCCAGCGUCAUCUGGUUUGCAGUGGGACUGACAGAAAAACACUAACAUAUCCAAGAUUAAAUUAGAUAGCAAUCCUGUUGAUUUAAAGGGAAUAAUUAAAUGUCUACUCAAUGUUGUCCCAUGGAAAUAAAAAGAAUUUCAAAGUACAUAAUUUUUGCUAGAUAUUAUCAGUAGUUCGAGGCUAAAAUUUUUGUCCUAUUAAAAUGGUAAUGCUUUCUGCUCUAUAUUAAUUAUAUCUAAACAAGAGGGUUUACUCUGAGCCGAGUGGCUUGGGGAUUGCAGCCGUUACAGUAUCUGUCUUGGAUAUUGUUUUUUCCCUUAAUAAGUGUAAAAUCCAGCAUGUGAAUAUUAAACACUUUUACAUUUCAAUAGGACAAGGUGGAGUACUAUAAGUCUAGAAAAAUAAACAUAAUCUUUACAAAAUUACUAACCUUUGUCUUUAAAACAUGAAUUUCUAUUAUUAAAGUAAACGUUCAGAUUUUCAAUCAUUUUCAGAAGAAGAUGGAAAUAGGCAAAAUAUAAUUUCUUAAAAUGUUUGAACAAUUACUUAAAUAUAUUUAUUCUUGGAUGUUUUGAACAUACUUGCAUUUUUUCUAACAUGGGUAAAUGCUGGCCAUUUUAAUGUAUUAACUUCAAAAGACAAGUUCAGCAAAUAUGUGAAUAAUACUGUGCUUCUGUCAUAUUGUAAGUCUGCCUGUUUUAACUCACUGGGAGCUUAUUUCCAAGUAAAUAUAUAUAUUGUACUUCGCUAGCUACAUGGAACUUCACCUAGAGUUAAUUUGUGUGUAUGAAUUUAUAAUUAAUACACAAAAUAACACAUACCGAGGUAGACAUACUGCCCUAGCAGACUCACAGCCACAUUUGGUCAUUCUAGCAUAAUUCAGUGGGGUUUAAAAAUGUAGUCUUAAUGUGAUUGAAAAUCAGCCCCAUUAAAUUAAUUUUUGAUUAGACAUUAUUUGAAUUGCCCUGUAUACAAGUUUAAUUCCGUGUUGGAUGGUGACCACUCCCCCUGCCCCCAUUUUUUUCAUUAAAAAAGGCAAGCAAAAGCUCUCUUCUCUUCCAAUAUGAGAAAACACUUUACAUUAAAAACAAAAUCCUUUUGAAAAAUGAAAUUCUCGGAAGCUGCCAAACUCAGAAGCCUUGUGGAUGUAUUGCUGAUUGGAAACACCUUUCCUAGUUUACAUUUGCAAGUGGUUCAUUUUUUUUUUAAUUUAAGCUAAAGUCUGAAUGGUCUGGGCAGUGGUGAAUGUUCAUUUGUAUCCUUUCUUAUGAUAAAACACUAAUUAAACAGGGGAGACUUUCCAAAAACUGUCAAAAUCAUGUUUUGGACAGAUUGUUAAGAAUAACUUUUGCACAAUGUUUUAUAUUUUAUCCAUCUUCUCUUUGUUCUCUUCCCUUUUCUUUCAAUCAUAACCUCUCAUUUUAUUUAAAAUCUUUUUUUAAUUGAUUAUUUGAAAGUGGGGGAGCUUGAUCUCCAAUAAUGAGUGGAUACAUACUGACAGUUCACUGCCCAUAUUAAAGUGCAUUAUUCUAACUUUUGCUCAGGGUUUUUAGAAAAUUAGCACAGAAAAGUAGCUUAUUUUUUAAAGAAAAACAAUGGAAGAGAUGUUAACACUGUAAUGGAGAAAAUGUGUCUUUGUUGUUAUAUAUUUAGCCAGUGUGGUCAUGAUCUUCUAGAAGGCUUAAGGCUGCUGACCUAAAGCACAUUUAGAAGGAAGGAAGUUCAAUUGACAUGAGUGGAAUUUACUUCCAAGUUGAUAUAGUUAGGAUUGAGGUGCCAAUCUUGGACUUUUCCUGUUAAUAUUACCUUAUGGGCAUUUACCACUAACCAGACCAAACAACCUUGGAAAGGCUGAGAUCUUUAUUAAUACACUUUUACAGGUACAAAAAUUGAUACAUAUAAAUUUUGUUCUUUGACAGAACAACUAUAUGGUACUAUAGAUCUACUUUAUUAAGUAGACUUCUUAUAACUCAGUUCUACAAUGUGCCUUAUGCUAUAACUUGGGAGUAAGCUUGUGGAAAAAAAAUCAGGAUAUAUAUGUGUUGUUUGUUAAAUUAACUGUUUUAAACCCUUUUGACACCUCACUAGUUUUGUACUGUUUUACCUCUUAUUUCUGAAACUCUUUUUAUGGUGUAACCUGGUAGAGGGGACAAACAUGUCAUAGAAAGCAGUUGUGCACUCUUUCGGAUAUAGUUGAUAAAUUCAAUAAUCUUAUAUAUUGAGCUUCGUGUUUAUAGUACAGUUAAGUGGUCUAGCAAAGUUGUCCAUGUUUUCUUUGUUUUAUUGAAAAAUGCAUUGUAUAGAAACUAUUUCCCCUAAAUAUUUAUGGACCAAACAAUUGUGAUAUAUCCUAUUAAAUUUGUGUGAAUAAACCA